AUGGCAGGAAAAGGAGAAGGACCCGCGAUUGGAAUAGAUCUAGGAACAACGUACUCGUGCGUCGGCGUAUGGCAACACGAUCGUGUUGAAAUCAUCGCCAAUGACCAGGGUAACAGAACAACGCCGUCUUAUGUUGCCUUCACCGAUAGCGAACGCCUUAUCGGCGACGCCGCCAAGAACCAGGUCGCCAUGAACCCGAUCAACACCGUUUUUGAUGCUAAGAGGUUAAUUGGUAGGAGAUACAGUGAUGCCUCUGUACAGAGUGAUAUCAAGUUGUGGCCCUUCAAGGUCAUCCCUGGAGCUGCUGACAAGCCAAUGAUAGUGGUUAACUACAAGGGCGAAGAGAAACAAUUUGCAGCUGAGGAGAUCUCUUCCAUGGUGUUAAUAAAGAUGAAAGAAAUUGCCGAAGCGUACCUUGGUUCAACUGUCAAGAAUGCUGUGGUCACAGUCCCAGCAUACUUCAAUGAUUCCCAGCGUCAAGCUACUAAGGAUGCAGGUGUUAUUUCUGGUCUCAAUGUGAUGCGCAUCAUCAAUGAGCCCACAGCUGCUGCUAUUGCUUAUGGGCUUGACAAGAAGGCAACCAGUGUUGGUGAGAAGAAUGUCCUGAUCUUUGAUCUUGGUGGUGGUACUUUUGAUGUCUCUCUUCUUACCAUCGAGGAGGGUAUCUUUGAGGUGAAGGCAACCGCUGGUGAUACUCACCUUGGAGGUGAGGAUUUCGACAACAGAAUGGUCAAUCACUUUGUUCAAGAAUUCAAGAGGAAGAACAAGAAAGACAUCAGCGGUAACCCCAGGGCUCUGAGGAGGUUGAGGACUGCUUGUGAGAGAGCGAAGAGGACUCUCUCAUCCACUGCCCAGACCACCAUCGAGAUUGACUCUCUCUACGAGGGUAUUGAUUUCUACUCCACCAUCACUCGUGCCAGAUUUGAAGAACUUAACAUGGACCUGUUUAGAAAGUGUAUGGAGCCAGUUGAGAAAUGUUUGAGGGAUGCCAAGAUGGAUAAAAGCACAAUCCAUGACGUUGUCCUUGUUGGUGGUUCCACUAGAAUUCCCAAGGUUCAGCAAUUGCUGCAGGACUUUUUCAAUGGCAAGGAGCUCUGCAAGAGUAUCAACCCUGAUGAGGCUGUUGCUUAUGGUGCCGCUGUUCAAGCUGCAAUUUUGAGUGGUGAGGGUAAUGAGAAGGUGCAGGACCUUCUACUUUUGGAUGUUACUCCUCUCUCCCAAGGUCUGGAAACUGCAGGCGGGGUAAUGACUGUGUUGAUUCCAAGGAAUACUACCAUCCCAACCAAGAAGGAGCAAGUAUUCUCUACCUACUCAGACAACCAACCAGGCGUGUUGAUUCAGGUAUUUGAAGGGGAGAGAACAAGGACUAGGGACAACAACUUACUCGGUAAAUUUGAGCUCUCGGGCAUUCCUCCAGCACCAAGGGGAGUUCCUCAGAUCACAGUGUGCUUUGACAUUGAUGCUAAUGGUAUCUUGAAUGUUUCUGCCGAGGACAAGACCACCGGGCAGAAGAACAAGAUCACAAUUACCAAUGACAAGGGUAGACUUUCAAAGGAGGAUAUUGAGAAGAUGGUUCAGGAAGCAGAGAAGUACAAGUCUGAGGACGAGGAACACAAGAAGAAGGUUGAGGCGAAGAAUGCUUUGGAGAACUAUGCAUACAACAUGAGGAACACUAUUAAGGACGAGAAGAUUGCAUCCAAGCUCCCCGAAGCUGAUAAAAAGAAGAUUGAGGAUGCCAUUGAGCAGGCCAUCCAGUGGCUAGAUGGGAAUCAGCUAGCUGAGGCAGAUGAGUUUGAGGACAAGAUGAAGGAGCUGGAAAGCAUCUGCAAUCCCAUCAUCGCAAAGAUGUACCAGGGUGCAGGUGGUGACAUGGGCGGUAUGGGUGGUGCUGCCAUGGAUGACGAUGGUCCUGCCCCUAGUGGUAGCGGAGCUGGUCCCAAGAUUGAGGAAGUCGACUAA